AUGACACCCAAAUCCAAUUCUCUCCAAAGGCUCAACCUUGUCUCCGGACAUCUAUCUACACCUCCUCCCUCCCCCAAUAAUCAUUUACGGUGGAUCCACACAGAAAACGGCGAAUACACCCGCCCCAUUGAUCCACUCGAGGACUUUGCCCAAGACCUUUUCCUAGAAUUUGCCCAACCAGGCUAUCGCAACUUCGACGUUUUCGUCAACCUGAGACUCGAGUUUGACAGAGACCCAACGUCUCUGAUAUCCGUAGCCCGGGAGACGUGGAAGAAUAUCCGCUUCUUGCAUCCGUUACUUGGUGCGAGAUUCGAUGGGAAGGGGUUUAUCUACCGCAGCCCGAGGGACGAGGGGGAGUUGCAGCAAUGGGCCGAUGAGACGUUCGUUAUCAUGGAGGGGAAUAGUCUGCAUAAUCCAAGACCAGGCUGUGCAGAGAAUGUCACGGUGCUUGAGCACUGUGAGUAUCCCAUCAUGGCAUAUUUGCCCGGGGAGAAGAGAAUCGUUAUUCGACUCCCGCAUGUCUAUACCGAUGGGCUGGGGACUGUGAUUCUAGCAAACGACUUUUUGAAAGAGCUGAGUCGGCUGGCCGCGACGACUACACCACCCCGUCGAUCAUUUGGAACGGAUAUCCAGAAUCUCGCUCAGGGGGUAUCUCUAGCCGCCGAGGCAGACAGCACACCAGAGACCUACGAAAAGGAGAAAUCUGCAUGUCCAGCUCCAAUAGAAGAAGAGGCAAUCCGUCUCCCCACAAAGGAGAACAGCAGCAAUACUCCCCCUGGCGCAUCGAGACUGCAAAAGAUCCGAUUCACCCACAACGACACUGUGAAUAUCCUCAAGCAUGUGCGCUCGCGUGGUCUCAAACUGACACCAUUCAUCCACUCGGCCUUGCUACACGCCGCCAGGAGAGCCAGCCCUUCCAAACCACAAACAGACAACCAUACGGCCUUCCUUCUAUUCAACUGCCGUAGUCACUGCCGCGGCUCUCCUGCAAUCGCCACAUACGACUCGUUCGCCUACCGCACCGGCAUGUGGUUCGCCCAAGUCCCACUGAAGCAGGACGUACACGACACAGCCCUGGGAUUCAAAGACGAAUACGCAAACCUCCUCGACAAUAAGGUCACGAUGAUGUCUCGGAUGCCACCGUGGGGUAAAAAGACCGCGACUCCGCUCAUGGAUAAGAUGGAGAAUUCCAUCAUGUUGAGCUCGUUUGGCAGUCUAGAUGGCAGGCUGGAGAGGGACUACGGGGACAUUAAGCUGCAGGAGUUUUCGACUGUUUUGCACGUUGUCAAUCCUGUUGUUUUCUUUGUUCUGCAGACCUUUGCAGACCAGUUGGAGCUGAGGGUUACGUAUAAUGAGGCCUAUCAUGAGGAUAGUCAGGUUGCCGAGUUGCUGCAGCUGGCGAGGGAGGAGAUUGGGCAGUUUGUUGCUCUGGAAUAG